UUUGUUUUUGUUUCUUUGUUUCUUACAUAUAUAGUACAAUUGUAUGUGCAAUUCUUUCUACAUUGAAAACCAAUAGUCUGUUCACAAGGAAAUUUCAUCCAUUUUUUCUGUGCAUUUUCAACCGUUGCCAAGACUUCAAACAAUCAUGAAAGCUUUUGCAGUUAACUUAUGGUCCAAUAAAUUGUCCAUAAAAUCUACAAAGUAGCCUCCUGUCGGCCGGGAUGAGAAUGGAAAGAACCUCUACAUCUUUCCCUUCUUCAACUCCUCAAUGGAAAUAUGACGUCUUUCUGAGUUUUAAAGGCGAGGACACCAGGAAGAGUUUUACAGACCACUUGUACACUGCAUUGGAACAUCAUGGAAUACUAACUUUCAAGGAUGACCCUGAACUUCAAAAAGGGAAAGCUAUUUCUCCAGAAAUUUUUACUGCAAUUCAGGAUUCGAGGUUUGCACUCAUUGUGCUUUCAGAAAAUUAUGCAGCGUCAACAUGGUGUUUGGAUGAACUGUUAAAGAUUCUUGAAUGCAUGGAAGCAAGAGAAACAGUGCUGCCAAUUUUCUAUGAAGUCAAUCCAUCUGAUGUACGAAAGCAGACUGGAAAUUUUACAGAAGCCUUCACUAAACAUGAAGAAAAUUUUAGGAAUGAUUUACAGAAGGUGCAAAGGUGGAGAGAAGCUUUAACAAAAGUGGCAAAUUUGUCUGGAUGGGAUUCGAAGGACUGGUACGAAUCAAAGCUCAUAAAAAAUAUUGUUGAACUAGUAUGGAAAAACUUGCGCCCUACACUCUCAAGCGAUGAGAAGGAUCUGGUUGGAAUGGAUUCAAGAUUAAAGGAAAUCAAUUUGUUUUUAGAUGGAAGGGUGGAAGAUGUUUGCUUUUUUGGAAUAUGGGGAAUGGGUGGGAUUGGCAAGACCACAAUUGCCAGAGUUCUUUAUGAGAGAAUCUCUCAUGAAUUUGAAUUCAGUAUCUUUCUUGCAAAUGUUAGAAAUAAUUUUGUACAGAGUGGCCUGGCUCAUUUACAAAAGCAGCUUCUUUCUAAGAUAGGGAUAGAAAAGGAAUACAUAUGGGACAUUGGUGAAGGAGUGAAAUUGAUAAAGCGGUUUCUACGUCACAGAAAGGUUCUCCUAGUUCUUGAUGAUGUGAACCAUUUGGACCAAUUAGAAUAUCUAGCUGGAAACCGAGAGUGGUUUGGUUUCGGAAGUCGAGUUCUCAUUACAACUAGAGAUGAGCAUUUGUUAAUCACACAUGGAGUGGAUAGAACAUAUGAGGUCCAGGGACUAAGUGACCAUGAAGCUCUUCAGCUUUUAAGUUGGAAAGCCUUUAAGAGAGAUUACCCUGAACAAAGUUAUGUUGAUUUGUGUAACUGUGUUGUGGAUUAUGUUAGAGGACUUCCAUUAGCAGUUAAAGUCUUGGGAUCUUUUUUGCAUGGAAGAGAUCUAAGUGCAUGGAAAAGUGCGUUGGAUAAGCUAAGAGAAGUUUGUAAUUUGGAUAUUUUGGAGACACUUAAAAUCAGUUAUGAUGGUCUAGAUUAUGAUGAAAAGAAAAUUUUUCUAGACAUUGCAUGUUUUUUUAACUGGAAGGGCAAAGAUCGAGUAAGAGAAACAUUGGACGCUUGCGGCUUUUAUGCAGAUAUUGGAAUAUGUGUGCUUGUUGAGAAGUCUCUCUUAACUAAUUCAGACGGCAUUCUGUGGAUGCAUGAUUUAAUCCAAGAAAUGGGUCGAGAAAUUGUCCGCCGAGAGUCUCCUGAUGAUCUAGGCAGGCAAAGCAGGUUGUGGCGUAGAAAAGACGUCGAUCAAGUGCUAAGUGAAAAUACAGGAAAAGACACAAUAGAAGGCAUAAUGGUGCACCCAUUUGAGCUAGAAUUGGUGACCGCCAAUGCUAGAUCCUUUUCAAUGAUGAACAAAUUGAGAUACCUCAAGCUAAAUAAUGUGGACCUCUCUAAUGGGCUUGAAUAUCUUCCUGAUAGUUUACGGAUUCUUGAAUGGCCGAAAUUUCCAUUAAAAUAUUUGCCAUCAUCUUUCAAUCCAGAGGAUUUGAUAGAACUUAAUAUGCAUCAUAGUUGCCUUAAUCAUAUAAAGCCUAUAAAAAGUUUGAAAAUGAUUGAUAUCAGUCACUCUUUGAGUCUUGUCAAGACCCCGGACUUCAGAGGUAUUCCAGUUCUUGAGCGUCUGAUUCUUAAAGGUUGUAUACGGUUAUAUGAGAUUGAUUCAUCUGUUGUGGUGCUUAAAAGACUUACUUUGAUGAACUUGAAAGAUUGCAAAAACCUCAUCCGUCUUCCAAGCAGUGUACGUGGCUUAAAAUCUCUCAAAGUUCUUAAUGUUUCUGGUUGCUCAAAGCUUGAGAAAUUGCCAGAAGACUUGGGCCAUGUUGAGGGUUUGGAAGAGCUCGAUGUGAGUGGAACUGCUGUAAGAGAACCACCUUCCUCCAUUGGUCUUCUCAAAGACCUUAAAGUAUUAUCUUUCAAUGGUUGUAAAGGUCCAUCAUCUAAGGCAUGGAAUAUUAUGCUCUUCCCUUUCCAGCCGCGGCCAUUGCUAAAAGUAAGUCCAAAUGCCACAGCUUUGUGGUUGCCUUCUUUAUCUGGUUUCCGUUCUUUAACAGAACUAGAUCUAAGUGACUGCAAUCUUUUGGAAGGAGAUAUUCCCAGUGAUCUCAGUCACAUGUCCUCAUUAAAAUUUCUAUACCUAAGUGGAAAUCCAUUUGCUAGCCUACCCAGCAGCAUCGCCCAACUUUCUCAACUUGAAUCUCUUGCCGUGGGGAAUUGCCCCAAGCUUCAAGCAUUGCCAGACCUGCCGUCUAGUAUGUCUUCUGUUGAAGCUUACAAUUGUAAUUCACUGGGAACAUCCAGUGCAGACAUUGUUAAAUUUCUUAGAAGCGGUUUCAAAUUUACUGGGUCUCAAUGUGAUUUUGUUGUUCCAGGAAAUGAAAUUCCUGAGUGGUUCAACCAUAAAAGUGCGGGAUCUUCAAUAACUGUAGAGCUGCGUCCAGGUUGGUUUAGUGAUAAGUGGAUGGGAUUUGCGUUGUGUGCCGUCUUUGGACAGCUGCGUCCUGAUUUUAUUCUUUGCGAACUGAGUGUCAACGGAAAACGGUUGGAAGAGAAGGUAGCUUUGAGCUGUUGGUUGGGAUCCAUUCAAGCAGCAGCAAAAUCAGGCCACCUUUGGUUAUGCUAUCUUUCACGUCAUAAAAACUUUGUUAGUGAAUGGCAGAAUAUCCACACUCGGCUUGAAUUCUCAUUUCCAUCCCUUCGAGGAAGAGUGGAGGUGGAGAAGUGUGCAGUUUGUUUGGUAUACGAGGAAGAUGUGGAAGUGCCUCUGAAGCAAACAUAUCCGAGGCAGAGUAGAGUUGACAUAUGUGAAGAGGUCUUGGAAUUCCCUGAGAGCAGUUUUGAGAAAGCAGAUGGGAUUGCCAAGAGAGGCUGUGAAUACUUUGAUGUUGUGGCAGGACCUAGUCAAACUCAAAGUCAGAGUGAAAGAGACCGUACAACUAGUAUUGAUGAAGAACGUGAUCCAAAAAGGUCAAAACAGCACUAGAUAUCCUCAUGGGAUCAACAGAAAAGGUUAUGUAUCCUCUGUUUAUGUUAUCAACCAAAUUUCAAUCCAAGCCCAGGAUGAUGAGCCAUGGUCUGCAGCCCGACCACAAGUUUCCAUACCUAGCUGUUCCAAGAAGCUCCGCAUGUCAAAGUCAAAACCGUUCAUAUAUUAAUCAGGUUGCACAUAUUCUACUUGAGCAUACAUAUUCUUGGGGCCUUUUUUACUUCCUCUAAACAGACUGUCUAACUUUCCACUGUAGUUAGUUUUAUAAUCUCUCCAUAGUUUGAGUUUCUUUAUAGUUUUUGUGGUGGUUUAGUGUAGAAUUUAAACAGUUGAGUUAUUUUGUACAUUUCUUUUUAUUGGUUUUCUUCAUAUUAUUUUGUAAUUUUCAUCCAUUUAUA